UAUGUAAUCACUUUCAGAAUCAAAAAAGAGGAUUCAUGAACAAUCAUAUGCCUAAAAAGUAUCCCAUCCUAUAACUCCUGAUAAAUCUCAUAUCAAAUUAAAUGAAUCUCUAUUUAAUGCUAACAUAGUAGCAAAAAAAUCUUGUUCUUUAAUAAAAGAUGUUCACAAAGAUGUUUAAUUAACAAUCAAAAAGUAUGAUGAAUUCUUAAAACUUAUACAUACACAUAACAAAAUUCCUAAUACAAUUACAAGUACUCCAUCAAUUAUGAAACCUCAUUUAAUUGAAGAGACAAAAAUACAAAAAGAUGAUGACUAAGGUCUACUUAGUCAAUAUAAUAGAUAUGCAAGUUCUUAAGAAUUAAGAAGAUAAUCUCUACCAUUAGAACGAUCUGAAUUGAGAUUAUCAAGUUUUAAAGUUAAAGAAGAUCUAUUCCCAACAGAAGACAUCAGUCCUAUCAAAUAAUAAAAUAAUAGUAAUUUUGUAUUUAGACGAAACUCGUCUUAAAACUUUACCUAACCUCCUAUUAAUUAAUCUUAAUAGUCAACGCUUUCUGAACAUUAUGGAAGUUAUGCAAAAAUACAUUUGCGUAAAUCUCCAUCAUCUCCAAAGAUAGAAAUUAUUAAAUAAGAUAAGCCAAAAUCCUCUCCUGAUAUUGCAAAACGAAAUCAAGAAUGGAAAUAAAGACUAUAAGAAAAAAUUAAUUUUGAGUAAAAAAGAAAGAGUGAAAAAGAAUUGAAAGAUUGUACUUUUAGACCAAAAUUAAAUGAGACCAAAACAAGUGAGAAAUCUAAAACAAAAAUAACAUAAAAAAAUAGGAAGAGUGUUAAUAAUUAUUAAAAUCCAAAAGUGAAAGAAAUAAUGAAUAUUAUUGCAGACUUAAAUUAAUUUAGUAAAUAAUUGAAAAAAAAAUUAUGA